UUCACACUUUUCCUUGUUGCCGCACUUUAACGACGCUCCCUAAAGAGAUGAGGAACCUGGAGUAUAUUCGGAGGAAAUGUUCCACUCGUUCCGAAUCAGGACUUUCCCGACUUGAUUAAUCGGGUGUAUUUGACUCUCCUUUUGAGGACAAAUUCAAGUCUUGUAGUCUUACGAUAGUUUGGCGUGCUGUUCCUGUGCUAUUGACCGGAAAUUCCCGAAUGUCUGAAUAUGAAACUCACAUUACCGCACUUUUAGGAUUAGAUUUCUUGCUUUUUUUUUUUUUUUUUUUUUUUAAAGUUUGCAACAUAAUUUCUGAUCUCAUAGUUAAUACUGUGAUUGUGGUGGUGUUUACAUUUAUUUCCGGAAUUAACUACAGCGACCCCCCCCCCCGAGUGGUACACUCCGUUUCCAUAGUUACGGCUUAACAGUCGGCGCGCGCGGUUAGCAGCAGUGUGAGUGUGAUUGAGAGAUGGGAGAUGGUGAUAUAAGCGGAUAUGAUUUAGCGCGAUUGCAGGCUGAACUCGAGCAGGAGAGAGAGAUGAGAGAGCUGCUGAAGGAGUCGGUGUGGGACCUGACACGCACCCUGGCUGAUCUGGAGGAGAGAGUCAACAGUGUGGAUGGAGAAGGGAAUGAAUGGAGAACCAGAUACGAGACCCAAAUGGAGCUUAACAGGCAGCUGGAGAGGCAAAUUGGAGUUGUACAGGAGAGGCUGGAGAGUCUACGUGGAAAUCCUAUGGAUCGACUGGCUUCAAUUCGCUCGUAUGAUGAGAUGACAGUGGACACUUUAAGACACCGACUUAAACUUCUGAGCACCGAAAAGAGUAGCCUCCAAAGUCAGCUGCUGGAAUGCCGUCUGAGAAUUGAACAAGAGGGAAAGGCAUAUCAAAAGGCCUAUGAUGAGCGGCGAGCUUAUCUUUCAGAGAUUGCAAAGGUCUCUUCUGCUUUUGAUUGGACCAGAAAGCAGCAGUUAGCCCAGUCCCAAAAGACUACCCAUAGUCCAGGAAAAGGAGCUCCAGUGAUGUUGAGGCAUGACUUAAAGGGAAAGAAAGGUGUAGCCAGUACAGUCACACAGACGCGGCUGCCAAGACUGAAGCGUUGACAAGAGAUGCCCUGAACAAAUACCAAGAAAUCAUGAAGGAAGCAUAUAGCAUGACUCAGAAAAUAGUAAUUUUCACGUUUCACCCACUCUCUCUGGUUUAAGAUCAAAGUCCACUUGAGAUGUAAGCAUAUGUUGGUCACCUCAGUCAAUAACAACAAAAAAUACUGUAGAAUGGUUUGAUGGCAAUGACUUUCAGCACAGUUUGGUAUGUGAAGGUCAGCUGACCUGAGAAAAAUCUGGAAAAACCCAGCAUUUAUCUUUUAGUGUCAUUAAUACAGCAUGGUAAUAGCUGUACAGCAUGGUAAUAGCAAAAUCAAGGGUGUAGGACUUUAUACAAUUUGACAACUUUAUUCGAUUUUCUUUUUGCUAAGGCUUCAUACAGUUUAUCAUGAUAGCUGGCCAAUGUUAUGCUAUUUUUUUUCUUGGUUACAGCAAUAUUAGCUUUAUUUUGGUGACAUGAACUAAAUAAACAACAAUCAUUUCAUUUAAUGUUUUUAGGUUAAGUAGAUAAGUGAUUUACUGUAUUUACUAACAAGUUAAAAUAAUAUCACAAAGGUAGAACAGAAUUAUUUUUAUGCUUUUUAUGUUACAGUCUGCUAGAUAGGCACCUCAAGCAUUUUCCUAAUGUUGUUUGACUCUUGCAGUUAUAAAGAAUGAUUAACUAACCAGGUAGCUAACACUGGCUGCUCCAUAUUAUCACCUGAUUCAAUCCCAUACAAGGACCCUAAUGAAGUGAAUAAAAAUGAUGAGGCAAAAGUCCUGUGUGACUGCUGCUUCAGGUUAACUAGUAGUUCAGGUUAACUAGUACAAGUGGUGUUUGUGUCAUCCUUGCUAAUUCUAUAUAAAAUGCUAUAAUGCAACACACACACACACACAUUUAGUCAAUUAGCUAAUUUGCCGACCCAUUUUCUAUGAAUUAUUAUAACAUUUAAGAUUUUGUAUUACAGCAUCAGUGCAUUUAUUCAUGUUAUACACUUUUUAAUUACAGUUAAUAGGAAAUUGAAAUAGUGUACAUACUUGUACAUUUAAUCUGCCCUUCUGUUUGCUCUAAAUGUGUUCAUACUGAAUAUGCAUGUUUUAUACAAAUUCUUUAAUAAAAAAAGCAAGAAAAAUAUCUCACAUUUACACUGAUUGUAAAAAUAUUUUGUGGAAGUUUUUGUUUGGUUAGGCCCAUUUUCAACUCUCUAGACUCACAGGCCAGCGAAAGGUGCAUGGGUCUAUAAACUGAUCAUAUAUUCACAUAUGAUAUUACUCAAUCUGCAAAUGCCUGUGAUGAUCGGUGAUGGGUGACAUUUUUGUGAUUUUCCAUUAAAAGAUGAAUUUCCAACAAAACAGAAAUUGCAUAAGAUCACACAACUACAAAUUAUGUACCAUGGCUUAAUAAACUGCUUGUAUGCAGUAGCCUUAUGUCAAAUGUAGGCACUGUAUGAAAUGAGGUAAUUUUUGUGCUUACUUUACUCAGUGAUUUUAUUGUGUACGUGUCAUGUCAGUGCUGGAAUCGUUGCUGAGUUCCAGUUCCCAGAACACCUUACAAACAUGGCCACCAUGGACUACGAUUCCCAGCACUCACCCACAUUGUCAUGUUCACAGUCACGAGAUUACUGAAUCUGGACUGGGAGUAACAUAUAUGCUGCGCCCCAAUUCGCCUACUUAUACUGUAAACUAAAAGUAUGUACUCUUUUUGUGAAGAAAAAUUACAUACACAUUUGAGUGUGUAGCAAAAAAGUAUGCAAGUACUGGAACAUACUAACACGUCAUGUAACGGAAGAGAACGUCAUUGCCUAGUUACGCACACUGUCACUGUUAACAAACUCCUCGUUGCAUUUCAGCUUUUAAAACUUUGGUUAGUGCUUAACAUUUAAGUUUUUACACCUAAAUGCUAAAGACACAUCACCGACGUUACACUCGUCUGCCAUGCUUGCAGGUUAAAUUCGGCGAAGCAAACUGUCACAAAACUCCUCUUCCCACAUGCGAGGAGUUGUGGUCAAUAUUAGCUGAAAAAGUGUCCACGGUUCCACAUGGUUCCAUGAAAAAAUACCGGAAAUAGCAGACCAUGUGGGUACCUUUGGGCUUCAUUUCAACAUACUAUGAUUUGGAAGGCACUAAUUCUAAUCUUAGGAUGGAUAGUAGGCGAAUUGGGAAGCAGCAUCAGUGUAUUCUUGCCUGACUAACCAAGCCUUUGAUACAGUACAUAUCUUGCUAUUCUGAUUUUUGACCUUGUUUCGUUACCUGGUUUCACUAUUUCUGGAUUUUGCCUAGUCUAUGUGGUUUGCUGUUUGCCUGAAUCUCUGCCUGUUUUUGUCUCACAUUUUUGGAUUGUCUGUCUGUACUUUAAUAAGUACCACUUGCAACUGCAAUCAACUGCAAAUGUC